CUCUCUCUCUCUCUCUCUCUCCUAUUCCACCCCACCAUCCGAUAUAUACCCCGGCCGUCCCCUUUUGUUUUUGGGAUCCUCGAUCUCUCCUUCUUCCAAAACUCCAUUGCAUCAUAGUGUUCAGCACUUCAGCUGUCUCACUCCCUGCUCACUCUGCUCCACCAUGAGGCAAGAAGGGAACCCUUUGGACCUGAACAACUUGCCGGAGGAGUACGGCAAGCAAGCGGUGGAGAGCUCCACGACCACCGCCACAUCAAGCGCCCAUGCAGUUCGGAUCAAGAAGAAGAGUGGCGGAGGGAAGGAUGAUGCUGCCAAGGUGUAUGAGUGCCGGUUUUGUUCCCUCAAGUUCUGCAAGUCUCAAGCGCUUGGCGGCCACAUGAACCGGCAUCGGCAAGAGAGGGAGAAUGAAACCCUCAACCGUGCCCGGCAACUCGUCUUCGGCAACGAGAGCCUCGCCGCCGCCGGCGCGCAGAUGAGUUUCAGGGAUGUCAAUUUGGGAGGCGCUGCCCCAUCGACCAUGCUAGGAGGAGGCUUCCGGGGAAUCGCCACCGGCGGCAGCGGCAUCGGCGACCCGUGCGUCCAGUUCCGGCCGGUUCAUCCGCGGCCGCCGUACCAUUACCUCUACACGGCGGCGGCGCCACCAUCCACACUGCACCCGAUGAGCUACCCGGCGACUUACCCGGGUCCUCCGCGCCAGCCUGCGGUCGGCGACUACGUCAUCGGCCACGCAAUCUCCGCCGGCGACGCACUGAUGCAGCCGCCACACCGCGGCAGCUUCUCCUGCUUCGGAGGCCCACUCGCCGCGCCGCCGGCAGCAACGGCGGCGCUCGCCGUUGCAGCGAACGUGCAGGCCGACAAAGUUAACUGCAACUGCAGCUUCGGCUGCGGCGGCGGCCACAGCAGAAAUAAUAAUGUGAACGCCUCCUCUUGAGCAGACGCGACCGUACGCAAUGGUUUAUUUUUUAGAAUUGGGAAUAUAUAUUAAACAUAUUUCAG